AUGUCGCUCCAACCCGCAGCGUCGUUAUACCGUCGAUGCUUGAAGCUAUCUCUGGACUGGGCCGUGCAUAGGCACAUCUGGCGCGGCCAGGCCGUGUACAUUCGAUCGCUCUUCGACGCCAACCGGGACGUGCGAGAUCCUCGCAAGCAAAAGCUUCUGCUUCGCGAGACAGAGAAGCUUUUGGAAAACUGGAAGCACCCCGAUCCAUACCGUGCUCCCACGGCCCCUGGAGGCUCGAAAUACGAAAGAAACCUUCCGGCGCGCGAUUUACCCUACGCAGAUGCACCCGCUCCUCAUUGA